AUGGACGAGCCUUCGUUGACAUCUCUCUCGCUCACGCACGUUCACUACAACCCUGGCGACCCCUUAUCAUAUGUAUCGGCCUACCUUGCCCUGGUCCCGCAAGCGCUCGUCAUCACAUACGUCGCACUGAUAUGGAGUACGCGGGAGGCCGAGAUCUUGCUCAUGUUCGCCGGCCAGAUGGCGUGCGAAGGUCUCAACUGGAUCCUGAAGCGCUUGAUUCAGGAAGAGCGGCCAACUCAAAUGCUAGGCAAAGGCUACGGCAUGCCAUCAUCCCAUGCUCAGUUUGUUGCGUACUUCUCGACGUUCUUGAUACUGUUCAUGCUACUCCGCCAUGAUCCCCACAGCCAUCCGAGUGCUUCUACUACACACGUACCCAUCCCGUACUGGCAAAGGGUACUUCUGUCCGGAGCUGCCCUGGUUUGCGCUGCAGCUGUUGCGCAAAGCAGGAUAUACCUCAACUACCACAAGCCACGGCAAGUCUAUGUCGGUGUGGCAGCUGGUGCUGCUUGCGCUGUGGCAUGGUUUGUGGUGAUCGGGAUGGCGAGAAGGCACGGCCUCAUCGACUGGCUGUUAGAUUUACCACCGGCACGAUGGGCGCGUUUGAGGGAUUUGGUCGUGCAUGAGGAUCUGGUAGAUGCCGGCUGGGAACGAUGGGAGCGACGACGGCAAAAGCGAGCAACGAAUUCGAGCAAGAAAAUACGAUGA